ACAAUACAACUUUCACUAACUUAAUAUAACGUAACUUUUCCACGUCUUCAGUGACUAUUUUUGUCAGUUCAGUUGGUAUUCCAUCGUAUUGAAAUUUUACCUAUGAAAGUCACAUUUUCGAGAAUUUCUCUCUCAACGAAUUGGAUCUCCAAAUCACAUAAGGUCAAGCACAUUAAAUAUUUCGAGUGUCCGUGAAACGUAAAAUGAAGGGGGGUGGGGUAGAGAACGGAAGUUUUAAAUGAAGGCUGCUUUUUAAGAAACCAGUUAAAUGGGUGAUUGCUUCAUCUAGAGCUUUAAACGUCUUAAGUCUGUACAGAAGGUGUUGCCAGCUAUUGUGACGACGCAACGCCACUUGUGAAGAGCGUAGAUUCGUUCAUGCAGUUUUUCGAGAAGAUGACAACCUCGUCGAUUUUCGCGAAAGAUUGAGCAGAAUUCAAAUGAACGAGAAAAAUGGUAAUUCAACUGGGGCGACGACGGCGUUGAAGCGAUGCACUGGAGCCGUGACGAGACCCCGAUGCCGUUAGUCAGCGUUGGCCGCGGGCGCGCUGUGGCUGCUGGGGGCUGGCGGCGGCGGGCGCCUGCCGCCGGGGCCGCGCGGGCUGCCCUUGGUCGGGUCGCUGCUGUCGCUGGACGCGCGCGCCCCGCACCUGUCGCUGACGGCGCUGGCGCGGCGCCACGCCCCCGCGGGCGCCUUCUCGCUACGCCUGGGCGCCGUGCGCUGCGUCGUGCUGACGGACGCCGCCCUCGUGCGGCGCGCCUUCGAGCUGGACGCGUGCGCCGGGCGCGCGCCGCUCUUCCUCACGCACGGCAUCAUGGGCGGCAAAGGCAUCAUCUGCGCCGAGGGGGAGCUGUGGCGCGAGCAGAGGCGCUUCGUGGCGGGCUGCCUGCGCGCGCUGGGCAUGGUGCGGGUGGGCGCGCGCCGCGACCGCCUCGAGCGACGCAUCGCCGCCGGCGCCGCCGCCCUCGCAAGCAGCCUCCGACACCACGCAGGCGCGGCAGUGGACCCGGCGCCGCUGCUGCUGCACCACGUGGGCAACGUGGUGAGCAGCGUGGUGUUCGGGCGCGAGUGGGGCGAGGACGACCCCACGUGGCGCUGGCUGCUGCACACGCAGGAGGAGGGCACCAAGCUCAUCGGCGUCGCCGGCGCCAUCAACUUCCUCCCGCUGCUCAGGUUCCUCCCGCACUACCGCCGCAUGAUCGCGUACAUCAAGGGCGGGCAGGCGGAGUCGCACGCGCUGUUUGCUAGCAUGGCGGACGCCGCGAUGGCCGCCCAGGAAGCCGCCGAGGCUGAGGAGGCAUCGGCGGAGAAAGGCGCAGGCCCUAGCGGGGAGCCGGAGUCCGAGGCGGAGGCGGAGGCGCACGUGCUGGGGGCGUUCGUGGCGGAGCAGCGGCGACGCCUGCGCGGCGCGACCGCCUCGGCGCCCGCGGCGCUCGCCCACUUCGACGACGAGCAGCGCCACUACUUGCUGGCCGACCUGUUCGGCGCGGGACUCGACACGACCAUCGUGUCCCUGCGCUGGUUCCUGCUGCUCAUGGCGACGCACCCCGACGAGCAGGAGCGCGUGCGGGAGGAGCUGCGCGCGGUGGUGGGCGCGCGGCCACCCGCGCUGGAGGACGCCCCCGCGCUGCCCCGCCUGCAAGCGGCGCUGGCGGAGGCCCAGCGCCUGCGCCCCGUCGUGCCCGUCGGCAUCCCGCACGGCGUCACGCAGGAGGUGCGUCUGGGCGAGUGGACGCUGCCGGCCGGCACUAUGCUGCUGCCGCUGCUGUGGGCGGUGCACAUGGACGAGCGCCACUUCCCGGAGCCCGAGCGCUUCCGGCCGCAGCGCUUCCUGGCGGACGACGGCCGCUUCGUGCGGCCCGCCGCCUUCAUGCCCUUCCAGGCCGGCAAGCGCAUGUGCGUGGGCGAGACGAUGGCAAACAUGCUGCUGCUGCUGUUCGGGGGCACGGUGCUGCACGCCUUCAAGGUGUCGACGGCGCCCGGCGGCCCGCAGCCCGACCUGGAGGGCCAGUGCGGCAUCACCCUGGCGCCCAAGCCGCACCGCCUGCUCUUCGAAGCACGCGCCUAGCCGCAGUCACAGUAUUUUCGGCUACUAUCCUGACCACGUAUGUCUUACCGAGUGUCUACGAUAAUGGUUGAUUAUGGUUGAAUUCUCCUUGUCAGUAAAAGUUCAAACUUUUUGUAGUUUAGUAAUUUGUAAUAUUAAAUUGUACUCAUAGAAAUAAAUAUUUUCUUACCA